UCGACCUGCGCAGUAGACGUGCGCAGACGGCGGGUUUAGUUCAGCUGAUAAAUUUUGCCGGUUUGCCAGCAGCUGCCACCAUGUUUAGUUUCCACAAGCCCAAGGUGUACCGUAGCAUCAGCGGCUGCUGCAUAUGUGGUGCCAAGUCGUCCAGCUCGCGAUUCACGGACAGUGCCAAAUACGAGGUGGAGUUCCAGAAGUGCUUCAAGCUGCACGAGGAGCGCAGCGGAGAGAUCUGCAACGCCUGCGUCUUGCUGGUCAAGCGCUGGAAAAAACUGCCCAAGGGGACAGACAGAAACUGGCACCACGUUGUGGAUGCCAGGGCUGGACCCGGGACCAAGACCAUCCUCAAAGCCAAGUUCAAGUCCAAGCUGAGCAAACGUCCAAACAAGCGGCGCCACCUGCUGGCCAAGAAGAAGAUGGGCCUGCUGCGGAAGAGCAGAAGUGGGGAGGGUUCCGAUGAUGUCAGUGGCGAGGAACACAUGAGUGACAAGUCGCCAUGGUCCAGUGCCACGCCCUCCCCGGCCCUCAGCGACCAAUCAGAUGAGUCGAUGUCGGCCUGCGACGUUGACAUCAAGCCGUCAAAAUGCAAAGACAUUCCAUACCCUGUCUCGUCAUUCCUGAACACAAGCUAUUGGAGAAGAGAGGACAUUUGCUGUGGUAUAAUCUUCAAGGGCUCUCGAGGGGAAGUUGUGAUCGACCCUCGCUUGCUACGGCCCUGCCAGGCAUGCAGAGGCUCCGCAUCCCCCGGCACACCCUCCAAGAGCACCAGCAACCCCCUUAACAGCCACGGAGCUUCCGACCAAACCCUUCCCUCUCAUACAAUACCCCCAUUUGGAACCCAAAACUUAUGUGUUUUUUCAUAAGAUUUCGUAAAUGUUUCCCUCAGUUUUACAGUAGGAAGAGGCAAGAUCAAACGACAUAACUGUCUUUAAAACACGGCAAAGUUUUUUGAUGGGCAUAAACAAUAGCAACCAGCAUAUGCUGGCUAAAGAUGUCUCUUAACUCCCCUCUUCUCAUAAUGGACCUGUCUAAAAGCUGUCAGAUCUGACUGAAAUGCGGACCAUUCCAUUUCAGUUUAGGUAGGAUGCAAAAGACCAACAGUACAUAACUUCUCAGUGAGAGUGCAAUCUGUGAUUUUAGAAUAACAACAGGAUGAUGUUUGUAGCAACCCCCCGUUUCACAUUGGACCAGUCCCAAAGCAGUCAGAUCUGACAGAAACAUGGGCUGUUCCAUUGCAGAAUGGGUAGGUUUUAUGGAAGAUCAGAUCUCUUAACUGUCAUGCAAUAAGACAAGAAUGCCAGACAAUCUGUGCCUUGAGAAGAUCACAGAGUGCCACUUCCAUACAUAGCCAGGCUUUAAAAUUUUCUGCAAAGUUAUUGUAGUACUUAACUAUUGUACAGUGAAUGGCAAAUUUUGAACAUAGCAUAACGACUUUAAAACCCUUUUGGUUGACGAAAAAUACUAAAAAGGCAAAGUGGCACAAGUAGUCGGCAAUCAUAUCCUUGUACAUCAUCCGACAGUGCCUUUUUAAAGGACAUUAACUGUGCUAUCCUUGCCCAUAAGAUUUUCCAGUGUUGCAAGGGAUCAUGGGUAAGGUCAAAGGUUAAGGCUGCUCCAUAUGAACAGGGAGGGGCCUUGUUCUUUGACCUUAGACAACAAUGCAUCACUACUGUACUUGGGAUUGUGGGGAAAACGAUAUCUUGCAUAGGGCUGUUGCUAGAAAUUCCUGCCAAAGUUUUUGUACCCAGGAGUUAAAACCCUGACUUUUGUUGCAACCAAAUUUGUGCUAAAGACCCCGUUUCUUACAUUUUCGGCAGAAAAGUUUGACAAGAAUUUUAAUUGGAAGUUAACUUUACAUCACUGAAGUCCGGAGUAUGUUGCUUAGAUGAGAUUUUUGUGAAAAAUUUAGAUUUUGAAAAAAAGAAGAAGAUAUCUCACGAACUUAAUGAGACAAAGGCACUAAUUUCACUCAAGCUAUUGUCAAAAAGCUUAAUGCAGUUGCUGCCAUUCAGUAUUCACUUUUAAGUUAGGAUAGUGAAAAUAGUGCAAGAAAUUUUUCCGCAUAACUAUAUUUUUCAGCAUUUAUUUUGUUACUUUAAAUAUAUUUUCUACCCCAUGAAUUUGGAAAGAGAAGCCACUUUUUUAUGGCAGCUUUUUUAUAAACGUUCCCCAACUGAUCUUCAAGCAAUAGAAUUUUGUAUUUAUUCCUUAGCGAACUUUUCUCGUAUUUAUUUGACAAUUAGCAAAAACACUGUCAGUACGUUGAAUCAUGUGGAGAUAUGAAAGUCUUCGGGAUUUCGUGCAAUUUUAGACUACAUAAAUACGCCCGAGGGAAACAGUUCUUUUGUUAGUGUAAGAGCUAAACUAGCUAAACUACUUUUUCUUAGCACUGAUGUUCAAAGCUGUGAAUACUUCAAGACUGUGCUUUGCUUACAAAUGCCGAGUAAGAUUACCUUCCUACUGUCAUCCUUUAUUUAGGCCACACCAAUUGAAUUUCAUGGUUCUCAGAUUUAAGGCCAUUUUAUCAGUGCAAACCCAAGGCAUAUAUCAUGUGUGCUAGAAGUACUUUUUUCUUUAGAAUGGUUAUAUGUAAAAUUUCAUGUUGGCAUACAUUUGACAUGCAAUUUGAGAAACAUGUACAUGCAAUAUUACACAUUACAAUAAGAAGCAAGCACAAAACCUCAGUAAUAGACUUGGAAAACAGCAACAUUUUCUUCUUUUUGCAGAGGAAAUUUUACGACCUUUUGAAGGUUUUAGACAGUUAAAAACCAAAAAGGUCAGAGAUAUUUUUCUGCAUAUCCGAAACUUAUUUUCUCAAUGUUAAGGGAUUUUUUUCAAACUGAACGUAAAGAUUUUACAAUUAAGCCAAUUCCGGUCUGAUGUACAUGUACUACCCAACAUUGUCUUGUCUUCUUGCUAAAACUUUCGAUGAAAAUUUCCGAGUACCAAGUAAUUCUAUUGAUGUGGCCUGACUUAAACGAAUUUUAGAUUUUAAAUAUGACAGUUUUUACAGAGGACUUGGACAUUUUCCCCAAAAAAACCUACUACAUCAUUGUGGAACUAAUGAACAUUCAGUGCAUCCUAAAAAUGCACUUCUUGCAGAACACUUAGUUUUGGAAUAGUUUCUAUUGAAAUAUACCUGCCAAAUAUUAAAGACACAAUAUUAUGUAUAACAGACUACAAAUAUACUUACGCAUAAUACUCUACCUCAACACAACUGCUAUACAAAAACAAAUCACAGAACUCAUUAUUAUGAUAUACCGCAAAAAACUAUAAUAUACUGCCAGGCCAAAUGUUGUAUUAUAUACUUACAAGACCAUUGUUAUAUACUGGUAUAAUAAUAGAAGCAGAUACAGUUGUAUCAUCAACAUAUGUUGCAUCUUAAGUUCCAAUACUGUGUCUACCGUCUUCUAUCAAAUUUUUGUGCCACUCUGAAAGAGAUACACUGUCUACUGCGAAACUUCUAAUGUCUGACUACUGUUGCUAAAUGCCAGGUAUAAGAAAAUAAAAUGGAGCUAAACUUACUCUGUUUAUAGUUUUACAAUGUUUCUCUAUGUGCAUAAAUUGGACAAAGUAUGUUAUUACUUUGGCAGCUCGUUAUUAAUAAUGUGGGAGGGGAAAACUUGAAAUGGGGAAGUUUUUCAACAGUAUUUUUUAAUGAAUCCAAGUAGGAUAAUCAUGUCAAAAUUCCAACUCUUCAUACGGAAGAAUACAAUGAAGUACAGCGUUGGUCUCGAUUUUUAGAACUGGCCUUUUUUUAACAACAAUUUGUACAAUAGCUUCUGCCAGUAACUUAUUUAUAUGGUGCUUUUUUGCCUGAGAAAUUCCACACAGAAUGAAACAAUGUAUAUAUGAAAUUCCGAUGAUUUAUACACGUAUAGGUUCCCUCUCAUUUGUAGUCAAUCGUAGUUGACUAACUUUGUAUAUGAUAUGUAAUGUAAAUGUUACUAGUUAUCGUGUAGAUCGUAUGAUAUGAAAUGUGUAUUGGGACCAAACAUAUCAAACAGGCCACACCAUUGCGUAUGGUACCGUAAAACAAAACAAAAAUUUGCUGUUUAUUUUUGCUCUUAUUCCGUCAUUUACACUGCAUUGCUACCAUUGUAUCAACAACAAAGUUGCAAUUUUCUCUUUGCUUCAAAAUUCAUAUGUUGCAAACAAACAUAUACAAAUCCACAUUGCAUGAAUUUCUACCAAAUUUCACAAAUUUGCAAAUUCACAAUUAUUUGUAAUUUCAAUAAUUCCAAUUUCAAAGCAACCUUUUAUAAGUUGUAACCACUAACCACCAUACUUUUGACGGAACCAUAUUUAAUGCAAUGGUGUGGCCAAAAUAGUAAACUUCAAUGAUUCUAAUAUAUUUUGUGACAUUUCUGCUUCUGUUGCAUAAAUGUCUCUUCAAAGGUGAAUACUUGUAAAACUGCCAAACUUAUUGAUAUCACCAUUGUUCAUUCAAAGAGGCUACAAUCACAUGUAACACCAAAUGUCCUAUUAAUUAUCAAAUGAAGCUCUGUAUAUGAUAUUACAAGAUUGAUACGAUAGAACUAGAACUAGCAGAACGUAUGAUAGAAUGUAGCUAUGUGUGACGACUAGGUAGUAUUUUAUACACAUUUCUUUGUUGCCUUGUUACGGUGUCUUGGUCAAAGUCGUGCGUGUUGUAUGUUACGUCGAUGUGUAGUAAGUGUAGUAGGCUCUAGCAAUAACUUUUGUGACAAUAGAAGUAAGAUUGUAGAUGUCAAAAAAAGUCAAGAAAUGAAAAUUUGCAGACAUUUAUCUAGCACAAUCUUAGUGUUACUUGUCCGAAAUUGCCUGUUUUUGUCAAAAUGUGUCCUCACAAAGAAUUGAUCAAUUCAUUCUAAGGUUAAGGUCCUUAACACAACCAAAAAUGUGAACAAGGGGGAGGGGGGCAAAUUCAAAUCAUGUUUGGGACAGCAUUUUUUUGCUGCAGUGCCACCAUGUGGUUAGGAGUAGUACUGCAGUGUUCAUUUUGAAUGUUAAAAGAACUUUACCUUCACUUGAUUCAUAGUUGAAAGUCUUCCUAUAGUAUUUCAAAUUCACUGCAAUAAUUUAUUUGCAUGCUACAGGUAAAUGCCCUCCCCCAUCCAGAAGUUAGCAGUAUAUUCGUCUCGAAUUUUGGCUUUUGCCAAACUCACGAAUUUUUCACCUUAGAUUGUAUUGUGAGUAAGUGAGUUUUAGCCUUUGCAUUGUCGGGGACAUGUAAUGCUCGAGUAAAGUAAAAGAUUUAUGUCUUAGUACUUUGGGGUAUAGCAUAUCGGCCAUUUUGUUUUACCAAGGGCAGCUUUUUUCAGUCAUUUUUGGUAAACAUAUCUGUAUUUUCAUGUAUUUAUAUAUAUAUACCUUACACCAUGUUUUGUACAGGAUUCAUUCGGAAAUGUUUAUUUUGAUACUUCUAUGUAGCAUUGUUUCAAGGAAAAUGUUACCGCUUUUCUAAAGAAAAUGGGCCAUAUUUCUAGGAGAUGCAUUUUCAAACAGUUAAGGCCCUAUAGAUAUUCGAUUUCCCCCCUAACCGACCAUAUUUAGUAAUGACUGAGUCAUAGUUGUACUUUCAGGCAUAUAGUAUACAAUAUAAAUUUUUGAGGACACAGUAAAUAACACAUAUAAUGUACUUUCUUGUCAACUUUUAUAUCAUGCCUGGAUAAAAGUAUUUGUUGACCAUUUCUUUGUGCCAAGUGCUAGCCACUGACGUUCAUAACAUUGUGAUCAUUGUUUUGUAUCAAUAAAUUUGUACUGCAUUUUACUUCA